UUGUUCAGCAUUUAGAUAAGCGAAAGCUGUUUACUCAAAUGAAAACACGUGUCUUUUAACUACCACUACCAUGGAUAAUAUUUCAGUCAUUUUGCGAGAUGUGUACGGAGAAUUUCGGCUGGGAGCACGUCCUAGCAAUGAUGUCCAGGAGUUGGCAUCUUUCAUCAACGCAAGUAUCAGCAGUCCCUCUGUUCCCGAGACCCAUCUUGCAACUUCCAUUGAAUCAGAACAAACUGGCCUUAAUUAUAAGGGCACCGUGUAUCAGCCAAGAUUACAAGACACUCUGCUGAAUCUCUCACUUGUGGAAAAAAUGUCUGUCAAGUUAUUGGAUCCAAAACUAUCAGACAUCCUCAAACUUUAUAUUCAAAAUCUGUUUCGGGUACUUCAGGAAGAAUAUACAUUAAUUUCAAGCCUUGUCCUGUAUUUUGGUAACAAGGAUAGAUUGCUGUCUCACUUGGCAGCAAAGUGUGUGUCCUCCCUCCUCAUCUGUGAACUGCAAAGCUCAGACUCAUGUGGUGUGGUAAUGGAAAGUCUUUGUGAUGAAACCUUCCAAAUGCACAGUUUAUGCCACCGAUGGGAUUGUGGCCUCUGGUCCCUCACUACUGCCAUUAAAAGUCUGCUCAAAACAAACAAUGAACACAAGUCAGAACAAAUCGAGAAACUCCUCACCAGGAUUGACUCUGGGGUCACGUCCAUGUAUUCAUGGCUUCUCCAGAGCCCCAACUUUUUGGCAGCAGAUGGAUGGGGGACAACACUCGCCACGUUCAUGGACCUACUCGACGCUCUUACCGCUGCCCGUUUCCGAUUGGGCACCUGCGUCUCAAGCCAGAGGCUGCUGUUCACCCGGACGCCAGCACUCCUGCAGCUGAUGCAGAGUCAGGCCCAGUACUUUGUGAAGAGGCACGUGCUUUUGCUCCUGAAGAGAACCGUGCUGCAGAGGUCCGGAGAGGACUGGCUCCCUGGAGCUCUGAGCUCUACGGCAUUGCACAGAGAUCCCCAUCUGGCUGAGGAUAUGGGCCUGCUGACCGGGUCAGUGCUGCAGGCGGUGGACUGUGGGUGGUUGCAGCACGUGCCCGUGAGAGCCAGUCCUAGCUUCUUUGGUGGGACCAUGCAGAUGGGUUCGGAUGGCAGAGCAGACGAUGUAAUGCUGAGGGCAGUGAGCAUGGUUCUUCUCAAGUCGCUGGAGUACCAUUCCCAAGCUGCUCAUCUCAAAAGUGGCAGCCAGGCCAUUUAUACUUCGUCGUAUCUAAAAGAGUUACUCCUCUUCCUGAGGCGCCACAGUGUUCCGCUACGAAAUAGCCAUCAUGGCUGCCUGUGCGUGUCCGUGGUGUUUGGGGACCAGGACGAUGACAUGGUCGAGGCUGCCAGAGCUUUGCUCAUCCUCCACACCCGUCAGAAAAAUGUGGGUGGUUCUCCAGAGGCCACUGGAUGCUGUGAGACGGGGUCAAACCCCCACUGCCACUUCGUCGUCCUCCUCAGAGGUCUGGCCUUCGACCACUCCGUCCUCCUGGACUUCCUCAUCUCCUCCGAAACCUGCUUCCUGGAAUACGUUGUCCGCUACCUGAAACUGCUCCGUGGCGACUGGGAAGGCUUCAGUCGCUCAUGUCAGAUCUUGGAGCCUCAAAGGUGCAACAGGUGGACAGUGAACAGUGGCGGCUUUGUCUUAUCUCAUCAUGGCAAAUCAGCUGUUGGUGAAGCAGAGCAAUCUCAUUCAAGUGACGGUCGGGGUGAGGUCGGUGCUGCUGGGGCGUCACAGGCUUGUCCACGACUGGUGGACUAUGGGAGCUCAUCUGAAGAAGAAGAAGAAGAGGAGGAGGAGGAGAACAUGAAGGAUGAGAAGGAGAUGAAGGAGGUGAAAGAGGAGAAAGAACAGCAUCACCAGCAGCAGGAGGAGGAGGAGGAGAUGGAGAUGGAUGUUUGCGUGAGUUUGCCUGAAAUGGGCCAGAGAGUUGCACCAGGAUCUCUAAGCAAAGAUGGAGGCCAGCCGUCCAUCUCACUGCCAGACUGCAAACAGAGGCUUGAUCCAAGCAAUGAUUCAGUAGAUGUUGCCAAGCACACAGACACAUCUGUAGCCCGAAAAGUAGUUCUUUGCCUCAGGGAGUUGAAGACUGUUAUAAUAAGGUUACAGAGAAAGAAUUUGUUUCCAUAUAAUCCAGUCUCACUUGUGAAGCUCUUAAGUGCAAUUGAAGAAAAGAGUGGAUUGUUUUGCUAGCUUUCAGAACUCAUCAUUUGAAAUGACAUGUCGCUAUACUGUGUAUAAUGACAAAUAUUUUUCUACCUGUAUGUUUGAAGUGCAUUUAUCUUCAAAUAAGAAUUGGUUAUUCAGCCUUUUCAUAAUUAAUUCCCCGUUGGAUCCUCAUGAGGUCAGGUGAAAUGUAGUAGUCACCUAGCUUGGGAAAUCCCAUGCUGCUUUGCACAAUUCUUCAAUCUGAAAGACAGCAUAAAAUCUAUCCCUCAGCGAGGGUUCCCAAUCAUGGUCUCCAAUCAGAGAGCAGGAGGGCUUGGAAAGACAAUGACUGCAGUUUGUUUGGAUAGAUACAAUUGACAAGAUUGGCUAUGGGCUUCGUAUGCCAAAUGAUACACAUUUGUAACACCCAAUAAACAUCCUUCGUCGAUCAUAAACCACACACCCUCUACGGGGUUUACAGUAGGCAGGUCUCCAGACCUUAUCUCACUUGUGAUGAGGUCUGGUGGUAACCUGGCAAGUAGCCACCCACAUUAUUGACACGUCAUGGCUUACAUUGUAGGGAAUUUUCAUUGGCUUUUCUGACUUGGAGACAAUGUCAUGACUGUAACACAACGUACGAUAAUAUGAAGUAGCUGCAAAUACUGUACUCUUCUAACACAUUUCUGUGAAUAUACAGCUCCAGGCCACUUUAUUAGAAUAGCAUGAAAAAGUUGAUUUAUUUCCAUAAUUCCAUCAAUAAUAUUAAACUGUCAUGGAUUGUAGAUGCAUGGCCCAGUUGUUUAACUAUUCCAAUCAUUCAAGUUUUUCUUUUUACAUAAUUUGGCCUUCCAGCUCAAAAAACCCAUGAAUUGGGAAAUUCGCAUUAUUAGAA